CGCGAUAACACGACUUGACUAAAACAAACAAUUUAAAAACAAUUAAAUUAAUCUGUCACCUUGACCGUCCUACUAACAUGACCGGGAUAAAAAACUGUGCUAACGAUUUUAUUAAGCUCAAAUAAUUCCAGCACCGACAUUCCGUACAAUACGGAACCGACAUGGGGCUUCGAGUGUGGCCAGUAGUCGUCGCGGCGGGACUGAUCGCCAUAGCUGAGUGCGCGCCCCCAGGUAAACCUAGCCUGGGUUGGGGCGAGCGCACUUUCGCCAUUGUAGAAGUCAACCAAGCCGCUACAGCGUACAACCAGCUCGUCAAGAAAAAGGAUGCCGCCGACGUCUCUGUUACGUGGAACGUUUGGUCUGGAGAUCCAGCUGAGAAGGCGAGGGUUCUACUCAAUGGAAAGGAGUACUGGACUGGCGCAGCAGGAGCAUCAGGGUCGGCGACUUUUAAAGUGAAGAAGGGCGGGAGGUAUCAAAUGACGGUUGAGCUUUGCAAUGCCGAUGGCUGCAGUUCUAGCGACCCCACCGAGAUCGUAGUGGCUGAUACCGAUGGUAGCCAUUUACCGCCCCUAGAUUUUACGGUUGGAGAGAAAAACAAGUUGUUCAAACAAACCUCGGGAAAAGUGGUCGGCGCGUACUUCGUAGAAUGGGGAGUGUAUCCCAGAAAGUUCCCAGUUGAUCGUGUUCCGAUUCCAAAUCUAACCCAUUUGUUGUAUGGUUUUAUUCCAAUUUGUGGUGGUGACGGUAUCAACGACAGUUUGAAAGAAAUCGAAGGCAGUUUUCAAGCCCUUCAACGUUCGUGCAGUGGCCGCGAGGACUUCAAAGUGUCCAUUCAUGAUCCAUGGGCUGCUUUACAAAAACCUCAAAAGGGACUCUCUUCAUGGAACGAACCCUACAAGGGUAACUUUGGUCAGCUAAUGAUGUUGAAACAGGCCAGACCUGACCUCAAAAUCCUGCCAUCAGUAGGGGGAUGGACACUGGCUGAUCCAUUUUUCUUCUUUACUGACAAAUCAAAGAGAGAUCGUUUCGUGGCUUCUGUGAAAGACUUCCUCCAGACAUGGAAAUUCUUCGAUGGUGUUGAUAUCGAUUGGGAGUUCCCCGGGGGCAAAGGCGCCAAUCCUAACCUUGGUAGUCCUAAAGAUGGUAAGGUGUAUGUGCUGCUCAUGAAAGAACUUCGUGAAAUGUUGGACGAGCUCUCCAUAGAAAGUGGAAAGAAAUAUGAACUCACCUCAGCUAUAAGUGCCGGCUGGGAUAAGAUUCAAGUUGUUGACUAUAAUGCUGCUCAGAAAUACAUGGACCAUAUCUUUUUAAUGACUUACGACUUCAAGGGAGCCUGGUCCAAUGACACAUUGGGUCAUCAAGCAUCUCUAUACGCUCCUGCAUGGAAUCCAAAGGAGACUUACACGACGGACUUUGGAGUUAAAUUCUUGUUAGCUCAAGGAGUGAAUCCUAAAAAGAUUGUAGUUGGCGUUGCCAUGUACGGCCGAGGCUGGACUGGAGUCCAUGGCUAUGAAAACAAUAUACCAUUCACAGGAAAUGCUACAGGUCCCGUAAAAGGCACAUGGCAAGAUGGUGUAGUGGAUUACAGAGAGAUUGCCAAUGAAAUUGCUAUGGGAAAAUGGGAGUACCAUUAUGAUAAUGUUGCACAAGGUCCUUACGUGUUCAGACCAUCUACUGGUGAUCUUAUAACAUAUGAUGACGCGAGGUCAGUUAUCGAGAAAGGGAAGUAUGUAAGAAACAACAAACUAGGAGGUCUAUUCGCAUGGGAAAUUGACGCUGACAAUGGUGAUAUAUUGAACGCAAUGAAUAUGGGGCUCGGUAAUAGUUCGUGAUAAUUAAAAAUUGUACUAAUUGUGAUCGUAAAUGUAAGUGUUAGUAUAAGUAAUUGUAAUGUUGUAAUAUAAAGGUAUGAAAGAAUGUGAACGAUUAUACAUUUAACUACAA